GUUACCGGAUUUUGUCGUUCACCUCAGGAAACCCGCAAAGCGAGUCCCACAGGAUCUGUGACAUCAUCGGUUUCAAAUGCAGCCCUAACACCGUCACGCCAAUUAACGGAUGCCGAAAAAUUACGCAAAGUCAUAUUGGAAUUGGUCGAUACGGAAAAAACCUAUGUUAAGCAUUUAAAUAACCUACUUGAAAACUAUUUGGAGCCACUGAAACGUGAAACUUUCCUAUCGAAUGCUGAAAUCAAUGCUCUCUUUGGUAAUAUCCAUGAAAUUGUCACAUUCCAGAGGCAAUUCUUACAAAAUCUGGUGGAGGCCUUAGAGCUGGAACCUGAUUUCCAUAAAUUUGAUCAUCCUAGUCAAUAUCGAAAUGUCCUCUUUGCCAUCGGUUCCGCAUUCCUUUACUAUGUAAAUCAUUUCAAGCUCUAUUCAUCGUUUUGUGCCAGUCACAGUAAGGCCCAAAAAGUUUUGCAUCCAAAUGAAGGAAAUCAUGCAUUGCAAGAGUUCCUAAAUGCUCGCAAUCCCAAACAGCAGCACAGCUGUACCCUGGAAUCGUAUUUGAUUAAGCCCAUACAACGUAUCCUAAAGUAUCCCCUGCUAUUGCAACAAUUGCGUAAUUUAACCGAUUCCCGGGCCGAUGAACAUUUACACUUGUGUGAGGCCCUCAAGGGCAUGGAAAAGGUAGCCGAACACAUCAACGAAAUGCAAAGAAUCCACGAAGAAUAUGGUGCCAUAUUUGAUCAUUUGUUCCGUCAACAUCAAAAGGCCUGCAAACAGCCAAUUGAUUUGAGUCCAGGCGAUCUUUUGUAUUACGGCGGUGUGGAAUGGUUGAAUAUUUCCGAUUUUCUGGGCAAAAUCAAAAAAGGUUUGGAGCUACAUGCCAUGUGCUUCGUAUUUAAAUCAGCGGUUGUGUUCCUUUGUAAAGAGCGUCUAAGACAGAAAAAGAAAUUAAUGGGUGGCUCGAGUAAAAGCACUCCCAACGAAGUGGAAAUCAUACGUUAUCAGGUCUUAAUACCCGUUACUGAAGUCCAGGUGCGAGCCUCAUCGGCCAAGGAUAUGGAUUCACAUUUCCUUUGGGAAUUGAUACAUUUGCGUUCCCAGCUGCAACGACGUUCCGAAAAGGUCUACGUGCUUUCGAAUAGCACUGCCGAUUUCCGUAAUGCAUUCCUAAAGACCAUACGCCAGAUAAUACGUGAAAGCGUACGCAAUAUGUCGAUUCCUAUGAAGAAUUUCGGUGGUAGUUCGGGUUCGGUGUCGGGUAUGUCAUCACAGGGUGGUUGCUCUGGAAGUUCACAGACCUUGGAAAGGCCCAAGCAGCAGAUAACAAUAAUGCAGGGUUCCCAGACAUUGGGUAUACCUAAGAAAAAAUCCGGUUCACAAAGACAUUCGGCUGGAAAUAUAGAUUAUGAUAACAUCUCAGGUAGUCAAGAGGCAGAAGAUGUACCAUUCCAAGAGCAUCAUCAAAUGCAUACAUUACACACCUCCACUUUCCGUAGUCGUAGUAAAACUGUGGGCGAUGCUUCAGAUAUUCUAGGUUCUGCCAUGGAUACAGCUGCCCAGCAGCAGCAACAACAAUUGCAUCUUCACUAUCAACAACAGCACCAACAACAACAACAGCAGCAACAACAAUUACAAUCUCAAAGUGAUGUUGAACGCAUGGAUCCUGGCACCAAAUCGGAAGGUGAAGAGGAAUUCCAACAGGGUACAAUUAAAACGAAAGCCUCUCUGGGCAGAACACCAAACCAUUUGACAUUAAGUACCACAUCAACACUAUCCGUUGGCAGUACCGGAAGCCAGGCACGUUUAAUUCAAUCAUCACAUCCUCCAUCAACGUAUCAACCAGUUCUUAUGAAAGACUUAGGUAAGCGAACCUCUAUUUCCGAUGAUUAUGAUUCAAAUAAUAGGGUAGCCUUGGCUACAGUUACAGUGGAAGACGAUCAUGAUGAUGGUGGUGAUGACCCACAAUUCCAUAGUGACCAUGAUAAUAAUGUUGCUGCUGUUGUUGGUGGCACGGAUGAUAGUGACGGCGGCAACAACAGCAACAACAACGACGACUACGACGAUGACAACGCCGACAAUGACAAUGACGACAAUGUAAACGAAUCUCAAGCCACAGCAACAACACCAACAAAUCUUAAUUUAAGUCUAGUUAGUGGUAGCAUCAAUUCCAGUUGUGGCCCCUCCCAAAAUUCCCACGAUAGCAGUAGUCAAUUCAUUUCCUCCGGCAGUUUGCAUGCCACGCCGGGUAAAUUUUCUCCUCGACAGUCGCCCAAUCGGGAUGUCGAAGUUAUUGAAAUAUUCAAAAGUGAAAUAGAUAGGAUUAGUGCUGCCACGCAGCAGGUAUCGGUUGUGCAUUUUUCCACGGGCAAAGAGUCUUCCAGGAAAUCACCCUCCGCCUCGGUGAGGACAGCGGCGGAAAAUGUGAUGGACGAAUCGUCGGGCAUCCAGUAUAUGGAUAAACAUCUGUGUGAAUUGCAACAGGACAGACUGACGGAGAGUGUGACGUGCGACAUUGAAUCGUAUAUGGCGAAUUUGAAGGAGACCUCGUUGGAGGCCACCGAUAUACAAAUAGAGGGCAGUGAUCAGCAACAAAAUGAUUCGAGUCUUUCGCCAGAACCUCAGACGGUGGUGGAAAAUACUCAGCAAACGGUGACGGCCGAUAUUGAAUCACCACCCAGACCCAUUGUGGAAUCGGAUAGCACCGGUACGGCCACCUAUACUACAUCGGAAAAGUCGGAAGAUGAAUCGGAAGGUGGCACUUCGGGAGCAUCCACCACAACCAUUGGCACUACGCACCAUGUGGUGAUUGAUAAAAAAGUUGAUAAGGUAUUCAAAUCGAAAUCUUCCGAUAAAAUUGCCAAAACCUCGAAGACCAGUUCCAGUGGUAGUAAUGGUAGCAGCAGUACCACCUCUGGUACGGCUGGCAAAAGUAAAUUGAAAUCACCUCGCCAAAAUAUUUACAUUUCACCAGAUCGUUCCAAAUCUCAGGGUAGUUCUCCGGUGAGGAUUAUUAAAAUCAAAUCACCGCGCACCAGCCUAAGUGAUCAGGGCAAACGUUUGAGUGUCAGCUCCAGUCGUGACUCAUCACAGGAUAGGCUCUCGACUGGUAGACGUACACCCAGUCCACGGCGGGCGUCCGAUGGCAGUGGUGGUAUUUUGAAACGUUCGGCCAGUCCCUCUGGAGGUAUACUCAAACGUCCGCCCAGUCCCUCGAAGUCUAAGAGUCCCGAUCGCAGUUGUCUCAAGAAAUUGACACCGUCGCACGAUUGCAGCAUUGAAUCGUUGUCGCCUCAUAUUUCACCACGCAACAGCAUUGAAUACCUUUCACCGGAUCGUUCCGCCACCACCACCACCUGCACAAUGUGUCAACAUCAUUCACCACGCAACAGUUUCGAUAGCCGCAGUUCGGAACCCAACUUGGAUUUGCCUCGUUCUGCAUUGAAAUCACCUCGUGGUAGUUUUGAGUCACGCUCACCCGAUCGCAGCUUUGGGGGGUCACGUAAACGUAGUGCCUCGGCACAUGCUCACAUAGACAAUGGCCAGAAGUCGAAGGCCAGCGAAGCCUAUUACCAGUACUACCCGAUUUACGAUAAUCGCACCUGUAGUGAUCACUAUGUGUCCGUGAGACGUGACAGUGAUCAUCGCCCUGAUGGACUGCAUCGACGUGCCAGCAAAUCCCUGGAACGUUCCAUGUCACGUGACAGCACCACAAGUAGUUCAUAUCGUUACGGCGUGUCGCCGGAUCGUUAUUAUGCCCCCAUUUCGGAUGCCAUGAACACACCAAUGCGUUCACAAUCCGCCGAGAACACAUUCUCCUCGGCCUCGUACCGACAACAUGAUGCGACGCCAUCCAGUGCAUAUUAUCAUUUCGGUGCGCCCUCUCUAACACUACAGCAACAAUACGGGCUGUAUCAUGAGCCGCAGUGUCCCCAUGACCGUCCCUCGGCAUCCUAUCAAUUGAGUUCUUCCGCUCCCGAACACACCACAUGCAUGGACUGUUUGUAUCAGAAGAGGCCAUCCUAGCAUAGGGGGCGUGUACGGCAGAGUCGUACACGCAA